GCUCUCAAAUUGACAAGCAAAAUCACAAGAACGAUAAAAACCUUCUUCUCCAUCAAAACAAAGAAAAGUACUAGUCUUUUUCUUGUAUUAUAUUCAUAUUAGUUAGUAUUAUUAAUGCAGCUCCUCCCACUUUGUGUUUCUUCUCUCUCCUGUUGGCUCUCUCUUUAUCAUUCUCUUUUCUCCUCUUCUCUUCCUCCACCGUAGGUGUCACCAUAAAAAUUUUCAUCAAAUUUAACAUCUUUAUUAUCAUUAUUAUUAUAUUACUAGCUAAAAGAUCUCAUCUUCAUUCAUCCACCACUCUCUCAAAAAACUAUCUCCCAUUUCCUUCUCAUAUUUCCUUCUUCUUCUUCUUCUUCUCCCUUCCAAAGAGUCACAUAAAUUUUUCAUCACUCUCAACAAUUCAAUUUCUUCAUCGUAAUAAUAACCAUGAUGAUGACUUUCUGCAAGAAGAGUGUCCACUCCUUUCUUGGAGGCCUCUCAAUCUCAAAUUCAUGCCUCAUUUCCCCGCCGUUGCCACCGUCAUCGCCGUGCAACAAAGGCCUAGGACUAAUCACCUCCCCUAACGAAAUCCACAUCCAUCGCCCUCCAAAUGUAGUUGAAUCCGCAUCCAUCGUCAAGUCUCCCCCGCCUCCAUCGCAGCCAAGGCCAAAGAUCAGCAAACGUGUAUUCAUGGAAGAACUCGGUGGCAGCGGAGGAUGCAAAUUCGCCGACGGAUUGAACUCGUGCACCGAGAGCCUCGGGUUCGAGAGCUACGACGAGCAACGCAACGACGAUGAUGGCAGAAAUCAGGAAAAAAAUAAUAAUGAUUCUAAUGCUUGUUCGACAACAGCGCGAAGCGAUGGAGAAAUCGGAGAUAUGAGCAUGAGAUGGAGGGAUAGGAUUAAGGAGAGGAGGAGCAAGAGGGAUGCGAUGAAGGUGAAGAAGUUUCCUCCGCCGAUCUCGUCGCUGAACAAGAAUGGGCAGCCGAACUUCUUUCUCCGGCCGGUGAGGAAGGAUGGGCGGUUAGAGUUGACGGAGGUGAGAAUCGAUCGGCCCGAGGUUCUUCGAGCGUCGAGAGAAGAUGGAAGGUUGAGAUUGCUCCUCGUUCGGGAUGAUAAAAUCGACGGUGAUGAUUGCAUCGCUAAAAAUGACGUAUGUGAGGGUAAUCCGGAAGAUUUGGUUGCAAUUAAUGAGGAAAUGGUGUCAUUUUGUGCGGCUCCAGCAAAAGAAGAAGAAGAAGAAGAAGAGACAGAGGAGGAUGAAUCAUCGUCGGAAGAGAAGGAAACGGGUACGAACAAGGAAUUGUGCAGGAGUAACAAUGAUGGCCAUAAUUUGGGAGAAGAGUGGGGUUACUCUCCGAUGAACGGAGAGGGAUUCCGGCGAUGUUACAAUUUGUUAAACCACCAUGGUGCUGGCGGGCAUUAUUAUCAUGGCGGAGAGAUGCACAUGUGGAGACAACAUUGUGUGACAACCAGGUGAGGCGGUUGAAAAUACUUUUUUUUAUUCAGAUAAUAAAUAAUAAGAAAUAAUAAUACAACUGCCAUCAAUUGGAGAGGGAAAAAAAGGAAGGAAAUUAAUCAAUUAAGUAAGAACACUAGUAAUGAGAAGAGAAGGGAAAAGAGAGUAUUUUAUGAGAGUAUUAUUAAUUUAUUAAAUAUUAUUUGUGGAUUAUGAGAGUUUUUAUUUUUUAUUGGGGAGAGACUUUCAGUUGAGUGAGGGUGCUUCUAUAGAGUACACAGUCUUUAGAGAUGACAUAAAUGCCUUUGUAAUUAUUUAUUUUUAUUUUUUCCCAUUUUUUGCAUUUGGAUUUCUCCUUUUUUCGGAUAAUUGUGAGUAGCAUACACAUUGGUUUGCUCAAUAUCUAGGGUUGUUCAACUUUUUUUCCUUUUUGAGAGUUUUAAUGUUAAUGUAUUAUAUUGUUCAUAAAAAUAAGUUAAUACCAUAUUGUCAGCAAGUAAAAUAAGAUAUCUGAU